AUGCCACACCAUCAUCAUCAUCCGUUUCAUCAUAGACGCAGACCUUUGGGGGUCAUCUCUUCUGGAGUCGCACUGGUGGUCAUAGGUACGAUUCUAGUCAUCAUUUCUGUCAUUAUAGGUGCUCUUUAUGCGGCCUGUAUUGCUGUUUCUGCCAAUACAUCCACCAGCUGUUCCGGAAUAACCACUCCCAUCGUUCUCGGGGUAGUGGGUAUUGUGUUGAUUGUGAGUGGUAUUGCAAGUAUCAUUGGUGGUAUUCGAAUGUUUAUUUUGAUCAAGAACGUGGCCAGUGAUGUGGCAAAGGAUGAGAUGAGCUCUGUGGUUCCAGUUGCCACGACCACGGUGAUGACAACAACCGUUCAACCACAAGGAAACUAUCAACCUCAACCAACUCCAAUUUACUACAACAAUGUACAACAGCCACAACCAAUGUAUGGAUAUCAACCUUAUCCAAACAAUGUCGUGAUGGUGGGACAACCACAAUUCCAACCACAACAACCUCAAAUAUCAUAUUCACCCUAUGUACAACAACAACAACCAACAACAAACGUUUAUCCAGCACAACCAUAUGCCCCACCAACCUAUGAUGCUCAAAUGCAACCUUAUUCAAGUGAUAGCAAGGUGUAA